AUGGCUUCCUCCACCAUCUACAGCUUCCGGUCUCUCGAGGAGAUCGAGCGGGACUUGAACGCUCUGGAUUUCAAGCUCUAUAUCGCGGAGAUCGACGCGCUCAGAGAGAGAGAUCUGAGCGGGAAUAGCCAUCCACGUUCGGGAUUUUCCCAGCAGCGACUCCCGACCCGCCCCAUGAAUGCAGCGAAUAUGCGGAGAGGCAGGGACCCGAACGGUCAUCGCAGAUCGUCGGGCAGGGCGCGCGACGGCUCAGGAUCGCAAUCGCGCCGAAAAGAGGAGGUCCAGCUGUUACCGCUCGCUGCACUGGACUACUGUCCAUUUUGUUUGAAGAAUGGUGAGGCAGCCGGAGUAUACCGAUCCCACACCCUGAAGAACUUCUUCAACAAAGUGACGUGCCCAAAGCUGAAGACUUACCGUUGCCAGAUCUGCCACAAUGUAGGAGGCGACUACGCUCACACAACCGGCUACUGCCCGCUCCGACCUACGUCGAAACAGUCUCGGGACUUCCACUACCUCAAGUUGAAGAACCAGGACUGA